ACGUCCGCGGUAGAGGUGGCACCCAGGGCCUGCGGGUCUCAGAGGCCCCCUGGCCUCCUUCUGCUCUCCUCCUUGCCCAGGAAACCCCGCGGGGGCGCCUGCAGCGGGGACGCUAAGUGCUCCCCGAGCCCCGAGAGCACUUCUUCUGAGGCACGUAGCCCCCGCCCAGGCGCUUCUGCGAGCUCCUUUGUGGACCCCACAAGCCCCUAGGGGUUCCCCCGCCGAGCACCCCGCGGGCCCCACCACCCCUGGCGCGCAUGCCCAGAGGCCCCGGGAGCUAGAAAGUAGCUGAGCUGCUGCUGGCGCAGUACCUGCUGGUUAAGAACGCGAAGACGGUGUGGAUCAAAAGGGCAGACAUGCUGAAGUGUGUCAUCCUAAAGGUGCAGGAGCUUCUUCCCCGAGAUUGUCAAGAGAGCCUCUGACCUCCCCGAGUUAGUCUUUGGGUCUAGGUGAAGGAACUUGGCCCUCCAGAGCACUCCUAUGUCCCGCACAGGAAAACCAAAAAUCCAUCCUGCCCUGCCUCUGGGGCAUGACAGGCGACAGGGGCACGCCAAAGACUGGCCUUCAGAUGAGUAUCCCGGACUUGAUCUUCGUGCAGGCCAGCUGUGUCCCAGAGGAGGUGUCCUGGGAGGUGUGGAGGGUGUGGAGGUAUGCUCGCCCCAAAGCAUCCCGUCCUUGGGGAGCCGUCACAAAACGCACCACCAGAGCUUGUGUGCAGCACAAGCAUCUGGUGCACAGAGGGGAACAGCAUGGGCUCUUGCCUGCUGGGAGUGCCCCAAAGAAGGAGCAGGGUACACGACUGAAGAGGUCCCUGGAUCAAGGAGUGAUACAGAAUAUGGCCGUUCCACCUAAAUUUCACAAGCAUGCCAAGAGGUUGGCUGUUGAAGCAGAAAAACGCAAUGGGAAGGAGAGCAGUGUGCGCAAGCAUGAGGCCAGGCCCCACAAAACCCCACGGGAGGGAAGUUCUCAUGGCACUCUGAUGAGCAACAAGCCACGCGAACAUGCCAUUCUGUCCUAUACUCCAGUGACUUGGCAGCAGCAAUCUGUGAUUUCUUUUCCUGCUGAGCAGCACCAUUCCUUUGUCAGGCCCAAAAGAUACUCAAGUGUGAUCGUGCAAAACCGUGCCAUCUCUGGGCCUCUUCUACUGCAGCCACAGGUCCCUAAUGUCAACAAGCAGGAUUCUGUUGCUGCUGCCUUAGAGUGGCAGAGGAAGCUGGAGGCUGCUGAGGCUCUGUUGGCUCUGAGGGACACUCCUCUGCCUCCUCCUAACUUUGCCUCUCUACAACCGCUUGGCAACAUGCCAAAUAGCUAUCUUCCUGAACAUGGACCACAAGGUUCUGAUGGAGAGAAGGGGCUGCAGCCUCGUAGCCGCCACCUACCACGCUCAAGGGCUGCCAACUCCGUCUCUCUUACUGGAAGUCUGGAGUGCAUGUCCUUCUUCACCUAAGAGACCAGAGGGGGAGGUCUCACUACAGCACUGCCUAUUUAGUAUCUUGUUUCAUCUAAAGGAACAAGUGUUUUUAAAUAUUUUUAUUUUUUGCAAUGAGAUCUCACACAGCGAGCCUGGACUUGGAUUCAGUACACAGCUGACGAUGAUUUUGAACUCCUGAUUUUUUUCUCCACCUCCCAAGUGCUCAGAUUAUAGGCAUGUUUUACCAUGCCUGGCUUUCUAAAAAUUAUCAUUAAGUUUUCAGGAGUUUUGUAAGCUUCCAGACCCUUUUAUGGUAUAGGGCAUUUACUUGAGUAAGGUUUGAGGUUGCACAUCUCUCUCUCUCUCUCUCUCUCUCUCUCUCUCUCUCUCUCUCUCUCUCUCUCUCUCUCUCUCUCUCUGUUAUUCCUUUGGAAUAAUUGCAUUCUGUGGCUCGUAGAGAAAAAAAAACAGUAUUGUGUGCUCUAAUGUGACCAAUCACUGGGAUUCCGAGUGGGCUCGGAUGCCAGCAUUUUCAUUUGUCCUGUGAUUGUUCACUCGCUGGCACACCAUGUAAUCAUUCAUGUGGAAUCACGAAGACUUUCCAAUGUGUCCAGGCAUGUGUAGAGGGGCAAAUAAUAAACAUGUGCUGUAGGCUCUGAA